UUCCUCAGCACCAGCCUGCCACACAUUAUUUUUUUCGAAGAAGAGGCCUUUGAUCCUUUAAAGGGAAAAUAAGGAAGGGCUUUGUAGAAAUCAAGAAGUGAAGAGGGGCGGCAUUACACCUCUCAGUGUGCAGCCUGCUGGCAGUUAUUGUCAGAAGAAAAGGGAAUGCAACAUUACAGGUGACGUAUCUGGUUGAACAGAACUAGCAACCAACCAACCAACUGACAAUUCUCAUUAUGGACGCUAAUGGCCUCUACAUACCACCAACCAACUAACCAACCAGCAGGCGGACAGGAAGUGAAGGAGAAGAGACACAUAAGAGAAGAAGAAGAAGGUAGUAAUGAAACUUUUCAGACGCCAAGAACAACUGACCUAAAACACAAGAAAUGGCAUAUUUGAAGAAAUCAUCUCAGCUGAUCAAAACAGUACCAACGUCUGAUUGAAUAUUUCUUUAAAAGAAAUCCAGAGUGCAUGCUAAAUAAUUUAUAAAUUCAUUUAGGAACAGGGAAGGGGCUUGAUGCAUUGGGAGAGAUGGAUUUCUUCCUGACAAACAUUAACAGCCUGAAAAAUGAAAUUCAGGAGCUCCGUGAGGCUCUGCUGAAAUCAGAGGUUGGCCAAGAGAUGCACGACAGUCUGACAAAUGAAAACAAGAAGCUCAGCAAAGCUCUGCAGAAGUUACAGGCUGACCAACAGAUGAUUGACUGUCUGAAAAAUGAAAACAAGAGGCUCAAAGAUGCUCUGCAGAAAUCAGAGGCUGAGCAACAGAGGAUAGACUGUCUAAGUAAGGAAAAUCAGCGACUCAAUGAAGCUCUGGAGAAAUUAGAGGCUGACCAACUGAAGAUUGACUCUCUUAAAAAGGAAAAUCAGAGACUCAAUGAGGCUCUGCAGAAAACAGUGGGUGACCAACGGAGGACUGACUUUCUGAAAAAAGAAAAUCAAAAGCUCAUUGAGGCUCUGGAGAAAUCAGAGGCCGACCAGAAGAGGAUUGAGCAUAUGAAAAAUGAACAUCAGAGGCUCAAAGGGGCCCUGGAGAAAUUACAGGCUGACCAACAGAAGACAGAUCAUCUGAAAAAUGAAAAUCAGAGACUCAAGGAGGCUCUACUUAAAUCAGAGGCUGAACAACAGAGGACAGAGCACCUGAAAAAGGAAAACCAAAUUCUCAACAAGACCCUACGGAGUAUAGAGGCUGACCAACAGAGGUUUGACCAUCUGAGAAAUGAAAAUCAAAGGCUCAUUGAGGCUCUGCAGAAAUCACACACCGACCAACAGAAGAUUGACCGUUUGAAAAAUGAAAAUAAGAAUCUCAUUGAAGCUCUGUUAAAAUCCGGGGAUAUCCAACAGCGGAUUGACCAUCUGCAAAAUGAAAUCAAGAGGUUCAAUGACGUGCUGUGGAAAUCAAAGGCUGAUCCCAAGAGGAUUGACCUUGUCACCCAUAAAAUUAUGGAGCUCCAUGGGGCGCUGCAGAAAUCACUGACUGACCAACACUUGAUUGACUAUCUGAAAUCGAAGAAUCAGAAGCUGCACGACUGUCUGCAGAAAUCAGAGGCUGACCCAAAGAGGAUACACCGUAUGACAAAUACAAUAAAAGAGCUCCAAGUGGCUCUGCAGAAUUUACAGUCUGACCAACAGAGGAUUGACGAGGUGAAAAAUGAAAAUCUGGGCCUCAGGGAGGCUCUGCAGAAAUUACAAUAUGAGAAAGAGAGGAUUGACCAUCUAAAAAACAGAAAUGAGAGGCUCAACAAGGCUCUGCAGCAAUCGCACAUUGACCAGCAAAGGUUUGACCAUCUAAAAAAUGAAAAUCAGAGGCUCAACAAGGCUCUGCAGAGGAUUGAGUGUCUGAAUAACCAAAACCAGAGGCUAAAUGGGGCUGUGCAGAAACCAGACGCUGAACAACAGAGGUCUGAAAUUCUGAGGCUGAAUGAAGCUCUGCUGAAAUCAGCGGAUAACCAACAGAGGAUUGACCGUGUGCGAAUUGAAAUCCACAUACUCAGUGAGGCCCUGUGGAAAUCAAAGACUGACCCGAUGAGGAUUGACCAUGUGACAAAUGAAAUAAAGAAGCUCCAUGAAGCUUUGCAGAAAUCGCGGGCGGACAAAUACUUGAUUGACUAUCUACAGUCUGCAAAUCAUAAGCUACAUGAGCAUCUGCAGAAAUCGGAGGCUGAGGCAAACAGGAUGCAACAUCUGACCAACAAAGUUAAGGAGCUGGAGGAGGCUCUGCAGAAAUCACGCACUGAGAAUCACUUGAUUGACUAUCUGCGGUCGAGAAAUCAGCAGCUGCAUUUGUGUCUGCAGAAGAUCGAGGCCGACUUUGAUUUACUCAUGGAGGCAACAGAUCCUGGCGUUCCUGAUGAAGAUCCAAUCUAGCUGGACAACAGCUUUUGUUUUGGUGUCACUAUGGGAGAACGUUUAUUAACUCGGUCAUUUGUAACAUUUGAAGAUUGAGCUGUAACACUGUUAAAAGUCAGACUUUAGUCAGACUAAGUUUGGUUUUCUUAAUGACAUGUAAACAAGACAGACAAUUAUAGUCUUAGUCGGACUAACAUACCUGGAUAAUACAAUUCAUAGUCCGAUUACAUGUAUAAGCUAAGUUGGACCGGAGUCGGACUUGGUCGUUCUACGCUUGCACCAAAAUUUCCUCUGCGGCCUUUGACCCGGAAGUAGAAGACGACGACUGAAACAUACAGAACUACAGCACGAUCCAUCUCACCGUUCGCUGUUUGUUUAUCUGUGACAGGAAACUGAUUCAAUACGCACUAGCUUAUAGAGAGAUAUGGCGCUACCUACGGAGGCGGAGUCAGACAUACACUGCCAAUAAAUUGAUUUUCUCCUCUGUACGUAUACUCGGAUUCUACAAGUUGUCUUAAUCAGAAUACUACGGCAUUAGCUCAAUUUAUGCAUGUAACCGACUGACUGCCUAAUAUUUACUAUUACAUUGCAUGUUAAUAAUCAUAUGUUGAUGUUCAUUGAAACUGUAACUUUAGUUUUCCUUUGAAAUGUAAAGGACUAGAACUAAAGUUCAGAGAAUUAAAUAAAUGUAUGUAGAUACUUCGUAUCACUGGCUAUAAGGCACAAUCCCAUUUCUCAUUUUUACAGCCUACUGCUUCCACUACCCCUUAUCCCUUGGAAUUAAGUGACAUAGGGAAGUGUUUAAAAUCAAGCAUCGGAUAUGGAUAUAGACAUUUAUACUUUCUUGUGACUUGCAAAUAUUUAAACGUAGGUAUGCGGGUAAUGGCUUAUGGGGAAUGAAGGAUGAAGGAUGAAGUCAAAAAUGCAUGCAAUGCUUAUUUUUUCCUCAUCACCAUUACAAAAUCUAAAUCUUGGAUGAACACUCUUUUCUGCCAU